AUGCCACUAUCAACAACCAAAAACGUUUUGAUACCUUCAACAGACUUAAUAGCAGCAGUACGUAAUGGUACAAUAGAUUUUUCGGCUGGUCUUACAUUUCCCUCCAUACCACCAACCGGUUUCAGUUACCCAUACGAACAAAUGGAUUGGUGUGUAGUCGUUCCGGUAGAGGCAGACAUACCAAGUUAUGAAUUCUAUAUAAUUGUUUUUGAAGCAAGUGCUUUCGGCAUAACAGUAGCCACACUCGUUUUAAUUUCGAUGAUUCUCAGCGGUGCAUUAUAUUUGCAAGGCUAUAGACCUGAUCUACUAGAUAUACUCAUGCAUGAUAAUUGUUUACGUGGUGCGUUGGGUCAAUCAUUUGUAGAAAUUCGCAAAUCACCUCUACUAAUACGUUUUAUAUACUUGAAAAUCUGUUUGCUUGGUAUUUUACUAACUACAACUUACAAUUCUUACUUUGCAACUUAUGUGACAAGUGCACCGAAGGAAGCGCCAUUUCUUAAUUUCGACGAUGUAUUACGUUCUGGACUAUUGGUUUAUGCCUGGACACCGGAAUAUAAUGAGUUAGUGGGACGUGUUAAAGAAUUUAAAAAGUAUGAACGCAUGUUCUACAGAGAGAAUAGUUUCCAAAAAUAUAUCGAAAUGCGUGACUCGUUCAAUAUUAAGUAUGGCUAUAUGAUGCCAACUACUAAAUGGACUAUUGUUAAUGAACAGCAAAAAAUUUUUCGUACACCCAUUUUACGUUAUCGUAAAGAUUUGUGUUUUUUUAAUAAUAUUCCAAUGUGUUUCCCAGUGCAUCAGAAUAGCAUUUUUAGUGGUAUUCUUUAUCAAUUGAUAUUGGAGACUGCACAGUCAGGUCUUACGAGGCAGUGGGAGCAAAUGGGUUUUCUCGAGCUGAUAGCCGCUGGUAAACUGAAUUUAACAGAUUUGAGUAAAAAGCGUGAAUAUACUUCAAUGCAGAUGGAGGAUCUUAAGUAUGAUGGUAGACUGCAAGCUAUAAUACCUAUUGUUAUAUUUCUGUAG